UGAAGGCGAGCCCGUGAACAUCCGGCGGUGCGCGAGCGCCGCAGUGAUUGGCCGGACGCGGCUGUCGUCGUGUGAUAAAGGAGCCGAGCUCGGGGUGAAGGCAGACAUGGAGGAGCUGAGCGCCGUCGGGGAGCAGGUCUUUGACGCCGAGUGCAUCUUAAACAAACGGCUGAGAAAGGGAAAGUUGGAGUUUCUCGUGAAGUGGAGGGGAUGGUCGUCCAAACACAACAGCUGGGAGCCUCAAGAAAACAUCCUUGACCCAAGACUGUUGGCUGCAUUCAACAAGAAAGAGCAAGAAAAGGAGCUUCUGAUACGUAAGAAAGGCAAAAGGCCAAGGGGACGACCUCGGAAAAUCCUAGAAAAUGUGCCAGAAGCUCCGAAGUCCAGCAGCUCUUCAUCUGGUUCAUCGUCGUCGUCCUCCGAUUCCUCAUCCUCGUGCUCCUCCUCUUCGUCCUCAUCAGAGGAUGAUGAUGACGACGGCGGCCACGUCAAACAGGCGAGCCCGGGCGUCCGAACACGAGACCUUCACCCCGUCCCCCAGAAGAAGGCGCAGAUUGUUGUGGCAAAACAGGAGCCCCCAAAGAAACGGAGCAGGAAACCUCUGCCCCCCGACGUGAAGGAAUUUCAACAGAACAAGGGCCCUCGCAAAAUCCUGAAGACCUCCAAAGAUAUAGAUCUACCGGGGGCGAUCAAGAAGCCAGUUCACCCGGCGAGCUUCACCUUCAUGGGCUUUCAUCGGGGCUCGCCUAGGGAUCCGGUGGGUGGUCAGAACAGGAGCUCUCUGACACAGGGUGGUGCUGUUAAAAACUCCAUGAGCUCUGUGGGAUCUGGCAGGUCAGUCCAACCUGCCUCCCCCUCCCUGAACAAAUCCAGUCAGAGCAGGAAUGCCACUGAGGGUAAACUGUCCAUCUCCAGUAUGAACAGUGGGACAAGUCUGGAUUUGAAAGCAGCUGCUAGUAAAUCAAAAGGGGUGGCAGCAUUGAAUUUGAAUACAUCCAAACACCCCAUUCAAGGAACCACUCAGCAUACACUAAGUUCCCCCAAUGGACAAAAGAAACCCCAGGCCCCUGUGUCAACACUGCAGCGGAUACCCAAUACUAAACCAGUGGCUUCCUUACCAUCCAAGAAUGCCUCUGCCAAUCAAGGUUCUGGCCUUCAGCCUCUCAACCUUCAGAACAAACUGGUCCAAAGCAAAGAUGCUCCUGGAAAUGGCACAACUCCCGUGUCAGGCCUGAGAAAUGCAACAAACCCAGCAAGGAAAACUACUGUCGCACAAAAUCAGGAGUAUAAUCCUCCCAAGAGUCCAGCAACCCCCGCAAGACUGCAAGCCAGAAAGAACCAGCCCGGAGCAGACAAGGUCAAGGAGAUGACUGAAAUCCAGACCCCGAGAGUCCAAGGCAGGCUGGAGAAGAGCGGCGUGCAGAAAUCCUCCGCCGAGGUCCAGAGCCAGCAGGAAAGAUCGGCCCCCAAAGACGGCAAGAAAGCCAAAAUGAACGACAUGAGCACGGGUGAGGACGAAAGCAGCUCAGACUCCGACCAGGACUACGCCGGGGAAAAUCGCACGGUAGCGGUCCAGAACCAAGACUGGAAGCCCACGCGGAGUCUGAUAGAGCAUGUGUUCGUAACGGAUGUCACCGCUAAUCUAGUCACCGUCACAGUCAAAGAGUCGCCAACCAGCGUGGGCUUCUUCAGCAUUCGCAACUACUGACAGGACUCCAGAGACACCGCAAACCAGAUGGGGCUUUGAAGCAAACUGUGGGCUUUUGGGUUCUGAAGGAAUUAGAUAAACCUUUUUUUUUUUUGGCUGGAGAAUUCCUGAGGAAUGCGUCAGGGAAUGGAGGUUCAGUCUUCUUUUAGGAAAAGACUCUCUCUCUUGUAGGUUUAAAAAAAAAAAAAAGAUAAAAACAGUUGAUUGUGAUUAUUUAUUUGUUCAUGUCUACAAAUUGCUCAAGAAGGGGCAGUGGAGGAAAGGCAGUGCCCACAGAUAGGCAAACAGUCCUGGAGAAAAAUAACUUAUUCAUCUUCUCAAGAGCAAGAAACCCAAUGUAGGUUGCUGAAUCUAUGAAAUAUUAACAUUCAUACACUCGUUCGUGUUGACGAGGAAUGUCUGACUGAAGAAGGGUAGGCAUGAGCAGAAGGGGGGUAGUACACAUCUAGUUCAUGAUGUGUCAGUCAAUAGCUAAUGUAAAGCAGUUUUUAAUUCUUAGUAUAGUAUUCUUUAUUUUUUUAAUGUUCCAUAAAUUAGCUACCUCUUUUUUAUUUUAUUUCAAUGUUUGCUGCAUACGUGUAUUCAUUUCUCACGGGACGGGAGACCUUUCCCUCCAGGGUAUAUACCAUCAUAUUUGUUUUUUAUAUAGUUCUAAAUGUAUUGGACUCUCAUGCUGUAUAAAGAGCCCGGGCAGCAGACAACAGCGUCAUUUCUGAUUGAUUAAAAAACAUCAGACCGGCCUCCGACUUCCACGGGCGUGUUGAACUGUGCGCACCAUUAUCGCGCCCCCCCGCGAAAAGGGAGUUUCAUUCCACAGUGCAGCCCAGUUUAUCAGCGCCGUUUUCCAAACUGACUAAAGCAUGCGGGGAGUCAGAUACUGUAUCUCUGCUCCUCCCUGGUCAGAUAAGACUCGAGUCCAGGCUGAGGUUUUGCUCCUCCGCCUUUGCAUCAGUUCUGUCCUUCACCAGCAACUUGAAUCUGCUCAGACUUAUAAUUAAUAUGCACAAAAACCGAGUAAGUGCUUGUAUGAUCAUGGACUUCCCACCUGAGUCUAUCGGAGCUCCCCACAUGAGCCUUUGAAGGCAACCGCUUGGGAAAAGGUCGGGCGUGGACAAAGCUCGACAGUAAAACCACUCGGCAUUGUUCGUCACUGACCACAAAAACACCAGAGUUCAUUCCGUCUGCUGCUGCUGGUGUUUCAAAACGAGUACUGAAGCACCGGUUUUUCCUUGCAAGCUGCAGACAUCUUAUUUCACCCGCCUGCAUGGGGUUCAGGAGCUGCAGGGCCCCGAGUUUUUUUAUCUGAUGCAACGGAAAAGAAACCACAACAAUGUGCGCUACUUUCUGCUCCCUCAAGAGGAGUUCAGCAACCAAGCACUUCGACUGAACUCUUCUGUCUAAUCCUGCUCUGCAGACUGUGCCUUUCUUCCUCUCAAAGACUUAAACACAAAAGGCAUUACCCCAAAGAUAGCUAGAAUUUCAGGUUGUUCAAUAAAGGAGUACCCUCUAGAGAAUAGCAUGGAGACUGGACUCGUUUUUCAUUGUCUUGUGUUGUUUCGGAAACCCUGCUGGUAUCACACAUGCGUGAAACAGACACAAACAUUCGAUGCCUUAUUGGAACAAUACGAGUGGUUUAGGGUGAAGCUAGAGAAGUAGUUUACAUUCAGGAACAGCUGGAAAACAAAAGUGCAUUCUCUUGUUGACGUGUGUUCCAGGUGAAAAUGUCUCUGUGCACCAGCGGUAGGUAAAGGUAGUUUAGGCACAGUCAUUUAUCGCCACCGUGCGAGAGGCUAACGGGGUAACACGAGGUGUUUAUAUGAAAAUGUUCUUUGAUUUUUUUUUUGUAUCUUAUUUCUUAAAUCGAUGAAAAGGAACAAACCAGUCGUGUUUUCUUUUAGAUCUACUAACCAUCUCAACCAAGUGUUUUCUUUACAAUCUAUUUAUUUCAAAUCACAAACCUUUCAGGGUAGGACGGUGUCGUCAAUCUUUGUUAUUGUGCCACUUGUCAAAAUCAACUAAUAAAAUAAAUGGUACAGCCUCA